AUGGCCUCGAGCGAUGGUGGAUUCGACUUCGAUGCAGUAUUGAGAGCUGAUAACCCUACCGGUGGGGGAGAGGCUGGUGAUAACAAUACGGCAGGGAUGUUUGCUGGAGGGAUUGCCGAUCUUGAAAGCCAAGUGGCUGUUACCUAUUUAUGUGGGGAAUGUGGCGCGUAA